AAAGAUGUUACAUGGAAGGUUUUGUAAAUAUUUUCAAUUGUUGUUUUUAAAUACUACAAUCUUUAAACAAAUGAAAAUCAUAAUUGAUGGGGAGGCUAAUCUGCAUUCUUUCAUGUUCUAAGAUGUAAACUGUUUUCAUAAGUUUUAAGGAACCAAAAGCAGUAAACCCAUUGUGAGGAAAAAAUGUCUAAUUACUGCACAAAGAAAGAAAAUAAUCUUCAUCAUUAUUUAUUAUAUAAGUAGUUACAGUACCUGAAGACUGUAUUUUUUCUGCCCAGCGACAGUUCAUUAGUACACAGUAGCAAAACAAUUCCCAAUCGGCUUUCAUUUGGUCCCUUGUGAAUACAACCCUGGAUUGAUUGAACUGAAGUUAGACAUGUGACACUGAACAGAAGCAACAUGUCCACAAGAGGGAAUUCUCUCCUCUCAUUCAAAUUCUGAUGCAAAGCGUGAGAAGAGAUAUGAGCUGAGUUUGAUUAACAUUGAGAAAAAUCGACAUCUGGAAGGUGAAUAACAUGAACACAACAUGAUGGAACUUUGAUAUGCUUUUUUAACAUGCCUGUUGUCGUGUGAAUGCAGUGAAGUUAAUUUACAGUUGGAUAUGUUGUUGUGGUUCUAUAACAAUACAAUCCAUCUAAACUCCCCACUCUACUCUCAACUCACCAUAUUUUUUGCCUAACACAAUAAACUAUUGCAAUUAUAAUAACAUAUAUAUAGCAUUUGAUUCGAUUAAGAAUUCUAAAUUAGACUGCAGUAAUACAUGCAGGUGUGGUUGACUGUGAGGGACUGUGAUGUCAGAUGUAUCGUAUUUCCUGUUCUUUAUAAGUAGAUGUCAGACAGAGACAGACAGCAGUACACAGCCAGCUGUGGUGAUAUGAUGUCACUGCUGAGGUGUUUGCUCUUGUUCUACUUCUCAUUCAACAUAUUGACCACAGCAGCAGGAAUCCAAAGAUGACUUCAGCUACCAGACUUCUGUUUUUUGCGAUCCAUUUAGCCUGUAUCAGAGCUGGAAAUUCUUCUGAGACAUUUGUCAAACUGGAGUGUGACGAAGAGUACCAUGGGGUUUAUGGUCAGCAGUCAUUGCUGGAGUGUAUUGUCAAAGCUGUUCAGAACGUGACCAUCUUGACGGUGACCUGGAAGAGGGUGGGAGGUGAUGCACCUUUGUUGGAAUACCAUAAACAUGCAAAUGCCUCAACCCUUGGGUUUAACUUUGCUGAGCCAUCCUGGAACAAGGAUAAUAUGAAUGUGUCCUUGUUGUUGACAAAUACCAAGAUGGCCGACGAGGGGGAGUAUGAAUGCAUGGUGAGAACAGACAGUGGUGAUGCUACAGCUUCAAUCAGCCUCAGUGUCACAGCUAUGUACAAAUCACCAACCAUGAGUUCCAGUCCUGAGAACUGCAUAAAACAGAACACUGGUGUGACCAUUUUCUGCAAUUCUACAGGCGGGCACCAGAAAGGGUUGAUCUGGUGGUUUGACGAGUUUGGCACCAACUGCACAGGCAGUGCUGAACUCGUGGCCAAAAAGACAGACGACACACUGUUUAGCCUCUCCAGUAAACUGACAGUUCUGAAGGCCACAUACAGUGGUUCCACAAACUACUCAUGCACAGUGCACAACACCAAUGGAGUCCAGGAGGGGAAGGCAUCAUUUGAGAUCCCGUUUGUAUGUUCAGCAGGUUCAAAAGAUGAUUUUGCUUCUGACUCCACUAUCCAGUGGCUUGCCCCAGUUGGGGUCAUAGGAUCUCUGGUCAUUGGACUCCUUGCUGCGCUGCUGAUAUUUAAGAGGCGCUCUGCCCAAUUGGCUCGAAGGCAGCCCACCUUACCAUUAAUGAGGGCUCGAAGGCAGUCCACCUUACCAUUAAUGAGUCACAGUGGCCACCCAACUGACAGGCACCACGAUGAUGAGGCAGAAGGAAACGCUAUCCUUACUGUCUAAAUAGUGACAGUACACAGGACCAGCAUUCCGGUCUUUAGUAACUGAUUCGUUAACUGGCAGUCUCUGGAAGGGACUGUUUCCUUGACGAUCAAUAAGGGGCUUGCCACUAUCCUUUGAUGGACUGUUUCCUGUUAAGUGUUCGGUGACAGUCACUUUGGCACUCAGGUCAUUCUGAUUUGAGGCAUUUGUUUCUUCACAAUCUACUGCUGAUGGCAGCCUUUAAAGUCUGUGGUUGAUUACAAAUGAUAUGUUUCUAUACAGGGUUGCCAUGGUGUCACUAUACUCUAGAUUCUACCACUGUAGAACAUUGGUAUACUGUAAUACCAGGUAAUCUAAUCACUGUACACACUAUACUACAAGAUGCAUGGUUUAACAUUCCACAUUUCCUCUACUGUAGAUUCUACCAUAUUGGUAGUUAUUACUAUACUGUAACACCAUACCAUCUAAUCACUAAUGUUACACGUCGUUCUAUACUAAGGUUGUGCGAACAUUCAAUUUGAACACUGUACUUUUCUGAAAACAUGUAGUAAAACAGGUUUCCCUUCUGAAAGUGGGUUUCACAAGACUGCACAACAACCACUCUUAUAACCAAAAGCCAGCCGGUUGCUCCUACCACAGAUUUAGUUUUAGGCCUUCCUCUUUUUCCUUGUCUUGCUCGAUCUGCUAGUGUAAAAUGCAGAUUUAUAUCUUGCUCAGAGCGCACGUCCAGGAAAUGCAAUGGAAUGAAACUGUAAACAUGUUGAUCAUCAGGUUUCAAGAGAUACUCCUGCAUCUGCCAGUAUUCUCCCUGGGCUUUGAUUCUGCUAAAUAUCUCUUGGGAGAAUGUGAAAAUGUGGCACCCAAUUCCCUAUAUAGUGCAUUACUUUUGACCAGAGAGAAUAGGGUGCCAUUUGGAAUGCAACCUUUGACUUGACUUUGUGUUUUAUCAUUUUUGUCACUGAAUGUAACAUAUAACCAUUAUCAGAAGUCAGUCUGUCACUCCUCCCACAGCUGUUUGUUUUUGGCCUUCCUCUUUCUCCUUUCUUGUUUGGCGCCAUCUGCUGGUGCAAAAUUCAGAUCUACAUUUAUAUCUUGCCCAGGGCUUUCCUCCAUGAAGGCAGUGCAAUGGAACGCAACUGUAAACCUGAAUAACGAGAGUCAAUUAGUAAUCUGAGAGAAUUAGUUAUCAGUUUCAAGUUGAACAUGUAAAUGUUUACCUGGUGGUUGAUUAUGAUACUUUUGUAAAUGCCACAAUUGUUUUAUGUUAUGCAAGAGGCUGCUAUUGUCUUAAUAUUGUAGUUAUAGAAUGACUGUUUGAGUUCCCAUUAUGUUUUACUGCUAUCAUGUUGCUGAUGGCAUUACGUAUAGACAGACUAAUCUGUUGUAUUGUGGCAGCUUGAGGUGAAUGGUGUCCACGACAAGACUCCACCUCCCAUAAUUCCUGAAAAAUCUUGUAUCAGUUCCUUCUUACUUCAGUACAUGAUUGGAAGUUGGCACUAUAGAUACAGCUAGAAUGAUUAAUCACUGUAUAUGCUACCCUGCUUGGCACUGGUCAGGGCUCUUUCAAAGAAGCUUUUGGUUUAGCUCUACUAUGGUGGUUUGAGUUGUUCAUGUGUAAAGUUUUGUUUAUUUCGCAGUUCAACAAAAUGUUGUUUUCUUCUCUGUAUGAAGUGUAUAUCAAGCGAUUUGUUGAUGUGCCUGCUUGAGGCCGACUCCACUUACUUUUUUGUUGUCCCCCUCUUUUUUUGUAUAUUUCACACUUUGAAAUUCCUUUUCAAAUCUCACACCUUGACACUGUUCAGGUUUUGUAAAUAGGAUGAAGAGUUUAAUUGUAGUUUUGAAUUACUACAAUCUUCUUUUUUUAAUGAAAAUCAUAAUUGAUGGGGAGGCUAAUCUGAAAUGUUCUUAUGUUCUAAGGUCUAAACUGUUUUAAUAUGUUUUAAGGAACCAAAAGCAGUAAACCAUUGUGAGAAAAAUGUAUAUAAUUACUGCACAAAGAUUUUUUUAUAUUUUUAUCCAUCAUUAGGCAUUAUAUAAGUAGUUAUAGUACCUAAAGACAAUUAUUUUUUUGCCCAGCGACAGUACAUCGUUGCAUUCAUUAGUGCACACCGUAGCAAAACAAUUUGCAAUGGAAAACAAAUGUUUCUUAUUGGACAAGUUCAGGUGGUCCCCCCACAUUUUGGUCAAUCUAUCAUUUCGUUCCUUGUGAAUACAACCCUGGUUUGAUUGAAUCCAGAGAUGUGACACUGAACAGUAGUUGUCCAUUAGAUUAGGGUUCCCCAAAUGGGGCCCAUGGGCCGGUGGUUUAUUUUGCCCCCCAAAAAUAUACAGUUUUAUUUUUUACUACUUUUACUCAACUAUACCGUUCAAAAGUUUGAGGUCACUUAGGAAUGUCCUUGUUUUUGAAAGAAAAGCACUCAAAAAAUUGACCAUUAAAACAUCAAAUUGAUCAGAAAUACAGUGUAGACAUUGUUAAUGUUGUAAAUGACUAUUGUAGCUGGGAACUGCUUUUUGUUAGAAUAUCUACAUAGGCGUACAGAGGCCCAUUAUCAGCAACCAUCACUCCUGUGUUCCAAUGGCACGUUGUGUUAGCUAAUCCAAGUUAAUCAUUUUAAAAGGUUAAUUGAUCAUUAGAAAAUCCUUUUGCAAUUAUGUUAGCACAGCUGAAAACUGUUCUGAUUAAAGAAGCAAUAAAACUGGCCGCCUUUAGACUAGUUGAGUAUCUGGAGCAUCAGCAUUUGUGGGUUUAAAUGGCCAGAAACAAAUAACUUUCUUCUGAAACUCGACAGCCUUUAUUUCUCAGAACAAGAAUAGACUUUUCCAUGCUAGAAAUUGCCAAGAAACUGAAGAUCUCGUACAGUGUGGGAGGCCCCGGUGCACAACUGAGCAAGAGGAGAAGUACAUUAGAGUAUCUAGUUUGAGAAACAGACUCCUCACAAAAAAAAAUGUUUUAGUUGCAUGUCAGCAAAGCCACAACACAAUACAUAAAUGGCACUAGAACGGUGGCAAACGGUGCCCACAAACUCUUAGGGCCUACAUAAAAUGUACAUGCUAAAAUCGCCACUGGAAUGCAAUAGUUGAUUUACAGGUGGGUAUUUUGUGUUUUUAUAACAAUGCAAUCCAUCUAAAUUCUCCACUUAACAUAUGUUAUUUGUCUAACACAAUAAACCAUUUAAAUUAUAAUAAUUUAAUAUAUAUGUAACAUAU